GUUAUUAAGAGAUAUGUGUUGAAUAUAAUCAUAAGUAUAUGAUGUGUUCAGAAACUUUAAUACAAGACUAUCACAAUCGUGGUAGUCAUGUCCCAAUCCAACUGCAGAGUAACCAUCUUCCGGGUCGAUCAUCAGUGAUGGUGACAGGUGUUUACAACGACAACUGUCCCGUAAAUAAUAUGAAUACAUUAACCGGCGAAUCCAACAUUUAUAUGGAGCCGUCAUUAACUAAUUGUAAUUAUCAGACAACACAUCCGGACAAUUACUAUAACUCGUUGACAUCACAUCGUAGUAAUUGUCAGUCACCACAACAAAACCACAAUCAACUAAGCGAUGUGUUCAAUACUAUUGGUCCCAAUACAUCGGUGCCAUCGUCACCAUUGUCAACAUUAUUGCCAACAACUCCGUUAUCAACAACUAUGCCAUCACUGCCGCCAUAUGCAACCGACUAUUUAUCAUCCAAUUCACAUCAACAUCACAACAGUCAUACUCCUAAUGACCAACAAAUACCUCAGCAAUACUUUCACGAUCAUCUCAUCCAUCAGUCUCAAGAGUUUUUGCCAUUAUGUGAUUUGCUUUUUAAUAUUAUCUCAUUGGCUGCAUAUUUCUGUGAUGUCCUCUUUGACUCUAUUACUGCAUACAUACUAUUUCUGGAGCAGGACUUCCUUUGGUUAUUCAUUACAGUCACACUCAUCUUAUUCUCAGCUCUGGUCAGCCAAAUAUUGUCCUAUCAGUGGUAUUGGCGUAAAAGCAAAGACAGAAUGUGUGACCAAUGCGCUGACUGUCAAAGUGUUAGUGUACUAUCCGUUCAUAUCUUAUUAUGUGGAGUAUUGUGGCGUUAUUUUAAGCUCUUCAUUCCUGUCGACUUGUCGUCUGUGAAGAACGAGGUCCGGGAUCUGUGUCUUCUUCGUAUGGUUCAUGCAUUUUGUUCGGCCGCACCAAUGCUAACUAUACAAGUAUAUCUAUUAUGGAACCGGCCAUCGAUGGACAUACAGAAUCGCGAUUUAACUUUUGUAUCAAUAUUUUUAUCACUAUUUAGUGUUUGUUGGGCAUUGGCAUCCUUUAGUAAGAACGUGCGCUCCCAUAACAUCCAUAAGCUGGUGCUCACGUGGCUCGGAGUCAUCUUUCAGUUUUUUUGGCGUUUGGGGACUAUUGGUUCGCGAGUAAUAGCUCUGACCAUUUAUGCCACUGUUUAUAGCUAUUGGAUAUUUGCAGUGAUUAUUCUCCACUGGUUUUCAAUGUUUUUAUGGCUUUUAUCGCCGAAGAAUCUGUUUUACGGCGAAAAGAUGUCAUCCUUUAAAAGACUCGGUUAUACAUCACUGAUAGCAUGGGUUUACAUAUUUUGUUACAUUAAUAUGCAAGAGGACAACUCUCAGAACCGAAUGAUUGCUUUUUACUCCAUAAUGUUUUUGGAAAAUAGUCUACUAUUAGGCAUCUCUUUGUUUUUGAGUCCAGACUCAGCCCUAAUCACUUCAUGGCUUCAGGAGAUGUCAUUUGCAGUUGGUUUGGGAGGUUUUGCUGUCGGAAUGCUUUUUAUGAUUAUUUAUUACAAAUUCUUUCACAUAAGACAUUUGAAACAUACACUACUUGUUUCUAAUUAUGACAUAAACAUUGAAUACCAGUCCAACCAUUGUCCAGAACACGGAGAUCAACUAUACGGCAAUAAUAUAGGAGUUUCUGAGACACGAUUAAAUCAAUUGUCCGGUGGAAAUAAAUUACAAUUUCCUCUUAUGAACCACCCGUCCAAUAGUGUAAUGAGUGGUAUUCCCGGAGUAUUUAAUUGUCGUCUAAAUCCAGCCUUAAAGCGUAAAAAGAAGAAGCCGUCGACAUUUAUCCCACCACCGCAUCCACACAUCACUGCUGCCAAUACGCACAGCGGUAUAACAUCACCGAUCAUUACAUCCAAUAAUUUGGGAAACGGUCAAAACAGCAAAAACUUAACAAAAACAACAAAAGCACCGCCACUUCCCAGUCCAUCAACAUUCUGGAAAAAGUCUGAAGUGGCCAAUGGUUUUCUUCAAUCAAAGUCCAUAUCUCCAGCUAUUGCUUCAUCACCACUAACAUUAUCAACGAAGCAUCCCUUUAGUGCAUCAAUAGCUCCAUCACCUGUUGUUAACUUUACCACAGAUCUAAAUCAACAAUUAUUGUCGACCACUAUUAAGCCUACAGUAAAUAAGCCACAAAUGGUUCCUAACAUACCUCCUAAUACAACACCAACACCUGUUCCAUCACAAAGAAAGUCAAAUAUCAAUAAUAAUUGCAACGGAAAAUUAGCCAAACCUAAAGCACAAGCGGCUAACACUGUGUCCAAAGUUAAUAUACAACAAAAACUUGAAGAGAAAAAACAGCAACAGUUUAUGCAAUUGAGAAAAAUUGAAGAAGAAAUCAAACAGGGAAUCAUUUCAAAGCCACAUAUCAUUGAAAGAAUUAAAUCACCAAAACUUAUACAGAAAACAGCGCCGCAAACCAAAAGGCAACCCUAUAUUAUGGGCACUUCCAGACCAACUGCCAGUAAUCAUACAUUUGCUCCCCUAAGCAAUCGUGGCAUUCAUUACUAUUAUCAUCCCGUUUAUCGGCGACUAAAGCUAAGGUCUCAAACACCAGAAGUGCUUUUAGAGCCACACUAUUUAGACAAUAGUCGUAUUUUUUAUGACUAUCCAUCCUGUGUUUUACCACCGAUUCACUCCAGACUUCUCAAAGUACCGCUUGAAAACUCGGCCGAAGAAGAAGAGGAAGCCGAAGAAGAAGUGAAUAAUCAAAGAAAUGAUAAUAAAGUUGAGACAAAUAACCGAAUAAUUUCUAAUAAUAUACAAAACUUUAAGAAUUUGUCCAACAAAGACAAUGAUAUGAAAAUGUUUAAUAAUAGUGACAAUAAUCAAGUGAUUAAUAGGAUUACAUCAGACAUUGAUAGUCAUAUGUCAUUACCCCGGUCAUACACUUUGCCCCGAGAAUUUCAAUACGCCCGCGCGGGACAUACCGGCGUUAAAUCUGUCAAAAGUGCUAUCAAUAAAAUGGCCGAUUCUAGUGGCUACUUGAGAACCAGUUCCCGUAUUCGGCGACCAUUAUCUUCAGCAGCGGAACAAUACGUCGACACCAAUUCAAGCAAUGAUGGAGACGUUGACUCGGAUGUCAAUCCCGAUGAAGACUAUGACAUAACUGCUGUUCCAAAGAUUAUCAGAGGACCGGCUAAUCAACUGAGAUCUCCUGAUCGUAAUAACCGAACGCUUAGAGACUAUCAUCUGAUUAAACAAAAACGACAGGAAACGCCUCUCUAA